CACCAGCAGCAGCAGCAGCAGUAGCAGGAGGAGGAGGGGGAGGGGCAGGAGGUGGUGGAGGAGGACAACGACGGCAACGGGGACGGACACGAGGACGACCGCCGAGGGCCGCCGACGACACGCGCAAGAUGCCAAGCGCGUCGUUCUCGUCGUCGCGCAGCUACGUGCGGAGGUCGCGUCGGAAAAACGCAAACAGGAUCCCUUUGCCGUCGAGAACCACGGCCGAGCCAUGCGACCUACCGUGUCCGACGUCCAAUCAGAUCCUUCCGGGAGGUGGAGUUGGCGGUGGAGGCGGAGGAAGUGGUGGACGAGGCUCGUCCCCUAGUGUAUCCGGGGUAGCUGCACCCUCGCCGUCUCCGCAGUCGCACUCAUCGCCGUACGACUUGAGACGCAAGAGUCCACCACAUCCGGACCCAGCGCCAGGCACAAGUUCCGCUCUACCGCCAUCGGGUGGAAGUAGCAUUGCCGCUACCUUCGGAUCGUCGUCUUUACCAGCGAGAAAGCGACCGAGACGGACAUGUUCGCUUUCUACAGAUGGUAUAAAUACAAAUACAGCGGCGCAUUAUCUUCAAUACGAGCUACCGGACGAAGUGCUACUCACAAUAUUCAAUUAUCUUAUGGAGCAAGAUCUUUGCCGAGUCUCACAAGUCUGCAAGCGUUUCCAAGCAAUCGCGAACGACACGGAGCUAUGGAAAUCGCUUUAUCAGCAGGUUUACGAGUACGAUCUACCGUUAUUUAACCCAGCCCCGUGUAAAUUCGAGUUUGUGUCACCGGACGAGUCUGAGUACCAAAAUCCGUGGAAGGAGAGCUUCAGGCAACUAUAUAGAGGUGUGCAUGUCCGACCUGGCUUCCAGGACUUGAAGUUUAAGGGCCGUAAUCUGCCGUACUUUAAUACGGUCCAGGGCGCACUGGACUACGUAGACGAGUACAGGAGUAAUAGCGGUUCCACGACAAACGGUGGAAGUGCGGCUGCGAGCGGGCAAGGCUGUUGUAACAGCAAUUCCCAAACGAACGGGGAGGACACGUCGACACAGCAUCUGGUAUUUCUACAUGCAGGCACGUACAGGGGCGAGUUUCUUGUGAUCGAUAGUGAUGUGGCACUGAUCGGCGCCGCGCCAGGUAAUGUCGCGGAAUCUGUCAUCCUGGAGCGGGAGAGCGAAUCGACGGUUAUGUUUGUGGAAGGUGCAAAGCGUGCUUACGCCGGACAUCUUACGUUAAAGUUCACGCCUGAUGUCACGAGCACAGUGCCCCAUCAUAAACACUAUUGUCUGGAGGUUGGCGAAAAUUGCAGUCCUACCGUUGAUCAUUGUAUUAUCAGAAGCUCCAGUGUAGUUGGUGCCGCAGUUUGCGUAUCAGGCGUGGGUGCCAAUCCAUUAGUGAAAAACUGCGAUAUCUCAGAUUGCGAAAACGUUGGCCUAUACGUGACCGACUACGCACAGGGCACGUACGAGGACAACGAGAUCUCGCGAAACGCUCUGGCUGGCAUCUGGGUGAAGAACUAUGCGAAUCCUAUCAUGCGGCGGAAUCACAUCCAUCAUGGUCGUGAUGUAGGAAUAUUCACGUUCGACAAUGGACUUGGUUACUUCGAGGCUAACGAUAUUCACAACAAUCGGAUAGCGGGUUUCGAGGUAAAGGCCGGUGCGAAUCCGACUGUUGUUCAUUGCGAGAUUCAUCACGGCCAGACUGGUGGGAUCUAUGUCCACGAAAACGGCCUCGGACAAUUCAUCGACAACAAGAUUCACUCCAACAACUUCGCCGGCGUAUGGAUCACAUCAAACUCGAAUCCGACUAUACGUCGGAACGAAAUAUAUAAUGGUCAUCAAGGCGGAGUGUAUAUAUUCGGCGAAGGCAGGGGUCUGAUCGAACAUAACAACAUCUACGGUAAUGCAUUGGCCGGCAUACAAAUCAGGACAAAUUCGGAUCCGAUUGUUCGACAUAACAAGAUACAUCAUGGUCAACACGGUGGCAUUUAUGUCCACGAAAAGGGCCAGGGCCUAAUAGAGGAGAACGAGGUCUACGCUAAUACCCUAGCAGGCGUGUGGAUCACAACGGGUUCGACGCCGGUUUUAAGGAGAAAUCGAAUUCAUAGCGGCAAACAGGUCGGCGUGUAUUUUUACGACAACGGCCACGGAAGAUUGGAGGACAAUGAUAUUUUCAAUCAUUUGUAUUCGGGAGUACAAAUAAGGACUGGCAGUAAUCCAGUAAUACGUGGCAACAAAAUAUGGGGUGGUCAAAACGGCGGUGUUCUUGUAUAUAAUAGCGGUUUAGGCUUACUUGAACAAAAUGAGAUUUUCGAUAACGCGAUGGCUGGCGUCUGGAUUAAGACAGACAGCAAUCCGACUCUUAAGAGGAACAAAAUAUACGACGGACGAGACGGCGGAAUUUGUAUAUUUAAUGGGGGCAAAGGUGUUUUGGAAGAGAAUGAUAUAUUUCGCAAUGCGCAAGCGGGCGUGCUCAUUUCGACGCAAUCGCAGCCGGUAUUGAAAAGGAACCGGAUUUUCGAUGGCUUGGCAGCUGGCGUUGAAAUAACCAACAACGCCACCGCCACGCUGGAAUACAAUCAAAUAUUCAAUAAUCGAUUCGGUGGUCUGUGCCUAGCGAGUGGGGUGCAGCCGACAACUAGAGGCAAUAAAAUAUUUAGUAAUCAAGAUGCGGUGGAGAAAGCGGUUGGAAAUGGCCAAUGCUUGUACAAAAUCUCAUCGUACACUUCCUUUCCUAUGCACGACUUUUACCGCUGUCAAACUUGCAACACGACGGAUCGCAAUGCGAUAUGCGUUAAUUGUAUAAAAACUUGUCAUGCCGGUCACGAUGUGGAAUUCAUCAGACACGACCGAUUCUUUUGUGAUUGCGGCGCCGGAACGUUGAGCAAUCAGUGCCAGUUGCAAGGUGAGCCUACGCAAGAUACGGAUACGUUAUACGAUAGCGCGGCGCCCAUGGAAUCGCAUACACUAAUGGUCAACUAGGAACUAACCUAAAUAAUUUAAACAAUCAAACAAUUGUUAGAGUCGUAAGUCCAGUAAUAUUGCGAGCAGAUGUCGUAAUCUGCUGCCGAGUUCUUUAUUAAGAUAUUUUUCUUCCUCUUCGUACAUAUAUAUAUACAUAUAUGCCACCAUAUGUAGUUGUUUA